UACACAAUACAGCGCAUGUUUUGAAAACAAAAGCCGCUAGCUUGGUGUUGUUGUUUGCUACAGCAUGACACUUUGACAGUUCGAAAAAAGUUGUUAGAGCCUACUGUUGACUUUGUUGUUAUUUCGGAGGUGUUACUUGCUACUGUUGGUCUCUUCGUAAUUCGAUCUAGCUAAAAAAUUGAGAUAGAUCUAGGGUCUACAUUGCUACAAAAUUCUAGUAUUAAUCUAGAGAGGAGUCUUCCACAUGUGCUCGGCUCAGCAGGCAACUCGGCUGUUUCACUUUCAACCAUCUUCAGCUUCAGUCAAUCCUACUAGCUAGAUCAGAGUGGUGCAGAUUCUAUGUAUAGACUCUACCUAGAUCUAGAGAUUCUAGGCCAGGGUUUCUCAUGAGGCAUGGCUACUGUGAAUGAUAUCAGUUUCACAGAGCUUGAGAGUGAUGCUGAGGAUAAUCUUCCAAGUACAUGGACCACAGGUUUACAGACCCCUGGAAAUACUGUCACAGAGCUUGAUAGUGAUGCUGAAGAGGAUGCCCAGCCUUUCUCUGCCAGUAACUCGGGUUUACAGUCCACUGCAAAUUUCACAGAACUUGAGAGUGAUGCCGAUGACCUUGAGGAUGCUCAACCAUUCCGUAAAUCAGAUUUACAGUCCUCUAGAAAUGAUAUCACAGAGCUUGAGAGUGAUGCCGAUGACCUUGAGGACGCUCAACCAUUCCGUAAAUCAGGUAAAAGGAAAAGAGAGGUAACAUUGCUUCUGGACUCAUCAGGAAGUGAAGCGAAUAGUGCUUUUGAGCAAGAGCGGAGAAAACGAGUCAAAACUGGUGGAGAGACGUUAUUGUCCGUUUUCAGUGGAAGAUGCUGCUCUUCCGAUUGCCUGGCGAGAGUGACACGAGCAGAUGCAGCUGCAGCCCGCUCAGCCUUCAAGGAGAAAUCUUUGUGUGAUCAGCGGAUAUGGCUUCUGGAGUACUUCAGGACUCAUUCUUCUCAAGCUGAAGAUGGGAGCUUUCAGUUCUCAUUCAACAUUGGUCUGGAGCUGGUGUGUGCUACAGCCUGGUACCAGGUGGUUGGAAUUGUGAGAUCAAGAUUCUACGACUGGCAAAAACGGUUCAGAGAUGGAAUGCUCUACCCACUACCAGCCAAUUUCAAAAGGAGAGGGUACAAGACUCAGAGAACUCUCAACGCAAAGACCCAAUUAGACCGAAUAGCACAGAGGUAUGGGGACAGAAUGCCUAACCAGGAAAGACUCAAUCUCCCGUCAUCCUUCACAAAGAGAGAGGUGUACGAGAGGGUCAAGGACAAUGCAGAGGUGUGCUCAGAGUCACACUUCAAAAGAAUCUGGAGGAGUGAAGAGCAGCACAUAACGAUCCCAAAGGUGAACCGCUUUUCAAAGUGUGACGAAUGCACUGAAUUAAAAGUCAAGCUCGGCCAAACCAAUGACAAAGUGCUAAGGAGAAGUCUCAUAACCCAACACCAAAAACAUGUAGAGAAACAAAGGUACAGUAUAUAACAUACUUUCAAUUGAUUGGUCUUUGAAACAAUUUGCUACAACGAGUCUAAUGUAUACUCAAGGUGGAGAAAUUUGAUAUUAUUGUAUUACCACAAGAUUCAAGACUUCUAUAUAAGACAUGGGACCAGCAAAAUUAGCGUGUUAUACCAUGUACCUUAUU